AUGUGGGCCGAGGCCCAAGUAGUCCUUGCUGAAAGUCGGUGGAGGAAGAGUGGCGGGCUGCUGAUUGAUGAAAUUGGUGCCAUGCUUGUGGAUAAGGAGAUGGACGACCAUCCCUUUGCCCUCAUCCAUGGCCACCGCAGCGAGGAGAAGACCGCCUGCGGCCACCGCCACCGCGAUGACCGGAAUGACUAUAAUUUGUAG